UUUUUAGUUUAUAAGAUACUGAUUUGACUAAACCUAAAGAUUCUAUCUUUAGCUUUAUUAUUAAUUAUUUAAACUCAGAUUAAACUAUUUACAUUUUAUAAUUAAUUUAAAUAUAAUAAUGAUAUUAAUUUCAUAAUGUUAGACUUAGCCGUUAAACCAUAUAAUAUAAAAGUAGUUGUAAGAUACAGAAACCAUUUUGAAUUGUAAAACUGUUUGAGUCAUAGUCUGUAAUUAUUUUGUCAUCUGGUGGCCAGUCGAGUGCGAUCUUUCUUGGUGAUAAUACAGUUUGUUGGAAUUAUACGAAGAUUUUCAUUGCUGAAUACACAUUCCUGACGUCACGCUGCCCGUCUCAGUAAUAUUUCAGAAGUGGGAUGCAAAUGGACUCAAUUCUCGGACCAUACAAUAAGGGACUUGGAAAAAGAAGGCGAAGCCAUACUGAUGUAUCGACAGACGAAGAAGUACCCGACGAAAAUUUUUUUUUACACCCCCAAGAAAUAUGUUUGCCGAAGAAACGAAGAGUUAACCACCUGGAGGCCGAUAUUGUACCUAAAUUUGACCCAGGGAAGAAAAGUACGAACGUGAAGGGCUGGCUUAAUAAAAUUGACCAGCUGGGUGAUAUGUAUACGUGGGAUGAAAGAGAUCGCAUUUUCGUCAUGCAAGUUCGUCUUCGUGGCGCUGCCCGCGAGUGGUAUGAUGAUUUAGAUGAUUAUGGAGCUUCAUGGGCACAAUGGAAGGAAAAUUUAACCAAGGCUUUUCCCCGGUCAACGGAUUACGUUGACAGACUUGAAGAAAUGCUUGGUCGCACGAAAAGUGAUAGCGAGACCAUGACAAAAUACUUCCACGAAAAAAUGUCGCUAAUAAAAAAAUGUGAACUAAAAGGUGACGCAGCCACAUCGUGUCUUAUUCGCGGUCUUCCAACUGAACUACGCGCUAAUGCAAAGGCUUACAACUGCACAUCGCCUGAAGAAUUAUACUACGGUUUCCUGUCCUCUCUCGAGAACUACAAGAAUAUCGAAGCAAAAGUGACUGAAACAAAAACUUCGUGGCAGCGAGGUUACGAUUUGCCAAGAACCUGUUUCCUGUGCCGCAAGCACGGUCACGAAGCCCGGGACUGCCGCCGCUGCGAAGUCUGCCUCCGCGUUGGCCACAAGGCUGCCACUUGCUGGUUUGCUGCUGGCGCUGCUGGGAGUACGCUGUCCGGAGGGGAGCACUCUGCGCAAACUCCACGAAACGUUACCCAGACGCAGAAGAAUACUGACGCGUUGCCAGAUCGCCGUGGGACACGGCCAAUGCAGGAUGGCCGAGUGUUACGAGGACCUACGAGUUCCAUCUAACAAACUAUAUAAAUAUACAAAACUAUCUAUACAUUAUCAUAAAC